CAGAUACAAUUUUACAGACCUAACCUUCAGGAGUCUCUGAUAAGAUGAUCAAGUCUUGGAAACACAACAGAGCCAUGUCCAUAACAGACAGAAGAACUCAGAUGCUGAGCUCUGCAAAGCACCAUCAUCCACUGCCUUUGAUGUUUGCUAUCUGCUGCCUAAGUGCAUUGCAACUUUCAUCAGGUAAGGAACAUACACAUCUUAACACAGUCUGGGAAUGGGGGUAGCUAGGGCAGGCAACAAGUAAGUUGGGAAUGCAACACCAAAAGUUCUAUAAUCACACAUUGCUCAGUGUUUAGGAGUGUAUACUAUGCGGCUUUGAACUUACAUAAUGCUGUGGGUGUUAUUAACACAUGGCAAUUCUGGGGCAAAGUUCUACUAGAGAAGCACAUAGUAAGGACAUUCUAUUUGUUCCCAUGGUGCACUUUUAGAAUUUCUCCCACAAAUUGUAAAAUGUAAAAGUGUUUAUUGGAGAACUAGCCAUGGUGCUGAAAUCUGAAAGUAACGGAUGGUACUUACUACCAGAAUAUUUCUAACAUGCUUGGGGUUAAAUACUGCUCAUGUACAUUAACUUCAAUUCUUUGUGGAUUCAAGUAAAUAGUGUAACACGUUUUCUAGAGGAUUUUGAUAAAGAUUACAAAAAUCUCAGUGUGCAGUAAACAAUGCUAAACAAUGAUAAUGUAAAGUGGGCUGUAUGUAUAACAGUAAACCUCACUUGCUAUAUAAGUAUGAUUGCAUUGUAAGUUUAGCUAUUUAACCGAAUUUGUCUGCAAAACUCCUCCCCCAUACCACAAUCUAAUUUUCAAGUUAGGCACAGUGUACUGGAAAAUUAUAGCUUUUCAGUCUCUUUCUUUCCCAGUUAUUAAGGGGCAGCUUUUAGAAUUGUUUUAUACUAAUAGACCAUGUAUUUCAAGAUGAAACACUAUUUAGAGGAUUAUUUACGUACAUGCAUGAAUUAUAUAGUGCUAUAAUAUCUAGCAAAAAGUUAGUCAAUCACUUUAUAUUAUGACCUUUCAGCCAUGUAAUCUUUGAUUGGCAUUCUGAAUGUUAAGCAAUCGCCAUGGAAACCAAUGGAAUGUGCACGUUUAGAAUUUUGUCACAGAACUCAUCUUUGUACAAAUAUAGUUCAUUAAAAGUAGAAUGAUUGAAUUUUAAAUUGCAUUUGUUGCAAAUCUUCAUCCAUUGCAGCUUCUGCAGUGAACUCUUACAAAACAAGGAGUGAAUCACCAAUCGUAGUUAUGUAACUUUCUGUAGCGCUACUGAGCUGAUCCCAUAGGCAAUGCUUUGUGGGCACAUCAGUGGUUUUUGCGGUAGAAAUGUAAUGGGUGGACAAUGACUGUAAAAAAUCUAAAUCUCAACAUCAUAUAGUGCAAUAUUGUUAAGUUGCAAAUGGAAACACUACAGGUUGCUUGGAAGAGGCAGUGAUGAGAAAACUAUUAUUAUUUUCAUUAUUGUUAAUGGGCAAUUUAAAAAAGCACUGCAUAACAGGGCACGUGUAGAUACCUGGAGUGCCCCUUUAAUAGAUUUACAUAUUAUCAAAGUCUUCCUUCGCUAAUUCACAAGCUUACCAACACUCUAUAUAACAAUGAGAUAACUCUAGAUAACCAACACUCUAUAUAACAAUUAAAUAGAUUUCACAAUUUCCACAGAGUUUUAAAUAUUGCCAUGAAUUAGUUACUUAUUUAGGAUUGUAGAUUAAUGCAAUUUAUAAAUGAAUACACAAUUAAUUUUUAAUGCAAGAUUUCUAAUAAACCUAUUGUCUUUUAUUUUUCAUAAAAGGUUUCCCACAAGCACUGCCACACUACGUGGAAAGUCUGGAUAUUCCUGAAAGUGAGGUAAAUUUUUAUAUCAAUUAUAUUUGAUGUUUGAAAUUAACUAGUGCAUGAGGUCACAUGACAUUAAAUGUGUUACUAGCCAUUACAGUAGAAUUAAUGCAUUGAUUUACGACACCAUCUGAAAACAAUGUAAAUCAUCAAUAAUUAAUGGAUAAUAGGCUAAUAAACAUUGUAUUUUUAAUUAGUACUGAUUAAUGCUAACGUACUUAAAUGAUUCUGAGGCUGAUUUCGAUCUGAAGCUACAAUAAGUAAUCAAAAAGCAAUAAAGAUUGUGUCCCUUGCCAGUGUCAAACAUAGGCUAUUAGUAGUUUUUAAAAGGGAACUGUCAUUUUCCCUAGAUUCUAUUGUAUUUACUUAUAACUGUAAUUAACAAAUAUGUAUGAGGUGUGAAGAAAAAAAAUAUAAUGUGUAAAUCCACACCUCCUUAUCUUCCAACUGGUUGUCUCCAUCUUAGCUCUCUAUUAGUCAUUGUUAUAAGCUCUGUCCUUUACACAUGGCAGUCAGCAUAGAGAAAGCAUACAGAGACAAUGAGACACGAAACAUGAAGUGACAAGAAACCAUGUUUGUAUUUCUCUCUUUGUUUGUCAUUUUUGCCCUACCUUUGCCUUGUCUGAAAAAAAAAAUAGAUUAAUGCAAUCUGUAUGUGAUUUUUAAUGUUAUAUUUGGUUAUGUAAAUUCCAAAGAUGAGACAGUUCCCCUUUAAGAUGACUUAAAUCAUAAAUCUUGCUAUUAAAAGACGAAUACACCACAUUCUAUUAAACUAGCUGAGCAUAUAUUGUCAAAUAUUCUCUCUUGUAGACUUCUAGGUCAGCUACAGGUGUGUAUCCCUCCUUUGAUUUCCACUUAGUCACAUAAGGGGUUAAACACACCUACAUGUUUUUUUUUCCCCCCAAUGGAGAGUUAAUAAACAUAUUGACUGAAUGAACAGGGGAUAUUUCAGUGUUAAUACGAGUAUUGCAACUUUAAGGCUAUUAUUUAUUUAUUAUUUUAUUUCAUUUUUCACAAUUAAAUAAAUACAUAUAGUAUAGUAAUCAUUACGUAAUAUAUUACAUAUUGCUCUUUUAAUGUGCAGCCCAUACAGCUGCACCCAAGUGUGAUUUAUAAGAUAUUCUUGAUCUAUGCAGCAUGUGAUUUAAGAGUACAUAGAUAUUAAAGCUUCUUAGCAUGAUAAUUGACUUAGUUUAACAGACCUUUUCUUUGUUUUGUUUAAAGAGAUUAGCAUUCUGCUUCAGCCAGUGGAUAGCAUUGUCAGAUCAACCAGAGGUAAAACAAUUAAAUUAAAUUAAGCACCACUUCUGUAACUGUCAACAGCUAAUAUAUUGUUUUUGUUGGAUGUACACAAUUAAAGAAGGACAUUCUAUUUCAAGCUUUUCUAAAGGAUUUAUAGCAACAGCAAUAGACAUUAUAAUGAUCAAAAUUGAAUAUUGUAUUCUGUUAAUAUGAACAUGCACAUUUUGGGAAUGUAUUAUAUCCAAUAUAAAUAUAAUCAAAUAUUCCAGAUCAACUAACUUUAAAAAAAAUAAGUUUUUAUUAUUUGGUGCAAAUAAAAGAAAUGUGGUAAUUCACAAGACUAAGACAAAGUGUCAUGCACGGUUUAAGAUACAUACUAUUUUUCCUCCUGCAAAGCUCACAGCUGAUGACAUGAGCUGCCCAAAUAAAUGCAAACAUCUAGCAAAUCAGCAGAGGCACAUAUAUUAGAUGAGCCAGCUUCAGCUAUUACUCUUUCAGUUAGUUAGAGCUUUCGGUUUCUUUAUUAAAUCAGGAAAAAAUACCUCUCUGUUAACUCCCUGUGAAACUAAAUGUAAGUGAUCAGUUCACCCACUAUACUUUAGAUUGACACAGGAAAAAAUCCAUCCAGUAUGCUUUGUAUUGAAGCACAUGCAGAUCCUCCAAAAGUUUGUAAAGCGAAGCAGAGACAUCCUCCAGUAUGGUUUUGAGUGAAGCAGAAACUAACCAUGCAGUAUGCUAUAGCCUGAAGAACAUCAAAUCCUCCAGUAUGUUUUAGAUUGUAGCAGUAAUAAACCAUGCAGUAUGCUUCAGAUUGAAGGAGAAGCACCUCCGCCAAAAUGCUUCAGAUUGAAGGAGAAGCACCUCAUAUGGUAUGUUUCAGAUAGAAUGAGAAGCACCUCCUACAAUAUGUUUCAGAUUGAAGGAGAAGCACUUCCUACAGUAUGUUUCAGAUUGAUGGAGAAGCACCUCCUACAAUAUGUUUCAGAUUGAAGGAGAAGCACUUCCUACAGUAUGUUUCAGAUUGAAGGAGAAGCACCUCCUACAGUAUGUUUCAUAUUGAAGGAGAAGCACCUCCUACUGUAUGUUUCAGAUUGAAGGAGAAGCACCUCCUACAGUAUGUUUCAUAUUGAAGGAGAAGCACCUCCUACUGUAUGUUUCAUAUUGAAGGAGAAGCACCUCCUACAGUAUGUUUCAUAUUGAAGGAGAAGCACCUCCUACAGUAUGUUUUAGAUUGAAGGAGAAGCAAGUCCUACAGUAUGUUUCAGAUUGAAGGAGAAGCACCUCCUACAGUAUGUUUCAGAUUGAAGGAGAUUGAUCGUCCAGUAUAAAUUACACUAAAACAGACAGUUCAUGGCCAUUCAAAAGUGCUGCCAUCAAUUGGAAUUAGCAAAUCUAAACAUUUUGUAUAACUAACCACAUAGAAAUAUAUACAUAUCCUAUUUUCCGGCUAAGGUUUUCAUUUUUUUAUUGGCAGAUAAUCUCAAGCCAUUUAUCACGUUGUUUUUAGGCAUAAGAUCAGGAAUAUGUGUUAACAGCAUUUGCAAUAUGUUGCUUUGUCAACAGAAACGAAUGUUUACGCAUUGAAGAAUGUGUAUACUGUGUAUGUAUUCUCCUAGUUAAAUGAAUAUAAACUGUUAAAAGAUAUUUAAUAUGUAAUGGUUUCCUGUUGUGUUGUCAAAAAAAUAAUGACAAAUACACAUGGAGUUUAUUUUAAGGGGCAAUCACAGGUAAACUAAAUCCAUUAACGGUGGCAAAGUGUUCAUAUUGAAGAUAAACGUGUUCCCUUUUUAACUAUAGGAUUCUAAGAGGCAGUUAUAAAAUCCCAAGAGCAUUUCCAAACAGCUUCUAUUUCUCUACUACUGGCAGCCAUUGAUUUAAUUUGUACAGUGCAACAGCUCUAUAUUACAGCCUGAAGCUUUUGUUUCCAAUGUUACAUUAUAUUACACUUAUUUCACUGGCAAUAGUGCAGUUACACAUUCAAAGUAUAAUAAUAGUGAUAAUAAUAAACAUUAUAUAAAUGUAUUUAAUUAGGAAGAGUAGAUUUAGCUUUCAUUAAUUUCUAAAUCAGGGGCAUACCUGUCUGGGGCAGAGCUAAACUGCAGUGAAGAGAAGACUUUGGGGUUAAACCAUUUGUGAAUGAUUCAACCCUAGAGGUAAGUUGUCACUAAGUAAUUCCUGGCACCAGAACAACUUCAUUCUGAUGAAGUUGUUAUGGUGUCGGGAGGUUCUCUUUAGACAAUAAACUGCUGCCAUAACUAACAGCUGGUAGGUAUUUGUUUCCAAGAAAUACCAACAGUAGUAAGCUAUGCUUACACCAAUGACUUAAAAUACAUUUGUUAAUAAAUAAUCAUAACUAUAAAUAAUAUUAGAAAUAACUGGACUGACUUCUCUUAAGCUCUGAAACAAUAGACCUAAAUGAGCUGUUUUUAGGUGGAAACCAGCAAAACUUUCAGCUGAAAUUACCCACCUGACGAGAGAUAACAUCAUGGGCUGCAAGCACAAAAAGACAAAGGCUGGCAAAAGUCCUUUGGGACAGAACAUUGGCGAUCUGUUUUGCAGUUCACAGAAGGCCGCAUGGAACAAUAUGGCGUCCCUUGGUGAGGAAUCCUCAUAUUAUUCUGAGGAUUUUGCCUCUGAUCCGGGAGAAGGGGCCUCACUAAGCAAGAAGAUGGAACAUAGCCCUUCGACAGCAGGGCACCGAGAACCGGUCACCGCAACACAACUUAAGGCGAUGCUCGACGAGCUCUGCACAAAUAUAACUGGGGACAUGGCCGGUUUCCAGAAAGCCAUUGAAGGCGCUGCAACUCAGAUUACCCAACUAGAGGUUGCACACAGCACUCAUGACACUAGGAUCACUGCAGUUGAAAGAAAAAUAGAAGAACUGCAGCAGCGACAGCAGCAAGCUGAUUCUAAAAUAGAUGUCCUGGAAGAUCACAGAUGGAGGUACAAUCUGAAGAUUAGGGGAAUCCCAGAGUCAAAGCCUAUGGGGGCCUUACCUCACUUUACCCGGAGAUUUUUUGCCAAUCUUCUCCUGUCUAAGAAUGCCAGGACAGUCAAACAAAAAAACAUGUUCUGCCUACCAAAGCCAGUGGGCGCGCAGCCUUUCGCGGCUCCAGAUCUUAUCCUCAGGUUUCAAUCCUUGCAAGACAAAGCAAUGCCGCAUACGGCGGAAUAAGGAAAGAGACUUCUCCUGCAAAACCUAUGGGACAGAGGCAUUCCUUACCGAUGGGGAUCACCUCGAGCAAUCUCAUACACCAUCCAAGGUACAUCCCAUAGAGCUGGAACAUACCAGGCACUGGAGGAGAAAAUGUACAAGCUGGGCAUGCUGCAGGCGGCGGGGAACGGCAAGAUAGACCUGUCGCAACUAGACCUGGCAAAGAUCCCGGAGUUCUCACCUCAAGCAACACGACCCCCCCAAACCCACCAGUACUGUGACCUAAUUACCAGUGACCUGAUGGGAAAGCCAAACCCUAGCUACGGGGGUCUCUGCAUACCUAGAGACUUUCUCAUGCUUUCCACCGAUCAGCUUAAUACCUCUCAAUUCAUUAUGAUUGUUACUGUUUCCCUUCUCUUGUGUUUUACAUUUCACAUCUUUUCUGGUCUCACCAACUGCUGCUUAACCUCAUUAGAUCUACACACAGGGGACACUUCAUAGAAGUGACCUUAGCUCAGGCUCACAUUAUUCUCCUGCUCCUGCGGGCAAUUUGUUUAAUUGUCUCACAGCCAAGAUACAAUCACGUUCCUGGAUGCAUCUCGUAUUCCCCCUUCCCUCCUAUCCAGAAAAGCGUAAUAACAGCUGCUAAUCCCAAGAUUUAGGAGGAUCAUCUCCACAGGGCGGAUCACUCCCCAAGUCCCAUGGGGCACAUACCUUCUUGUUAAUAUACUGUUGAACUUCUCUUCUCACUAUAAAACUAAAAACUCACUCCAAAUCAUCCUCGGUCCAUGCACACACUCACCGCGCUCACUCGUUAUGAACACGUUUAUAUGACUAAUGUGAUGACAACAAAUUUCUAUUAUCUAAAUGUGUGCUGACUUGUUUAUAGUUUAUGAUGUACUCUCUGAUGUGGAGUGAGACAAAAUAAUGAAUUAAAAAAAAAUAAAGAAAUAAAAGUAACUGGACUUUGUCUCUUGAUACCUAGCUGAGGCGGUUUAUUUUUUACAAGCUAGUGGCAUCCAGUAAAAUUUGGCAAGUAGGAAAGAAUGAAUUUAAACAGUAGAACUUAGUAUAUCUUGUUAUGCUCUAUAGAAGUUGUUAAACUUCUCAUCCGGGAGAGGUCUUCUAGUAUGGAAGCAGUUGCUACUAGCUAAUGCCAAUGACACCCAGUUAUAAUAGUAUUCAUUUCAUCUGGAAAGGAUGAAAUGCAGAUAAACUGUAGAGUGUUAUUCUUAUAAUAUUUAUAGGAGCCAUCAUUAUUAUUUUUGUUAUAUUCUUUAUUUUUGAAGUGCAGAGUGGAAUAGAUGUUCCAGUAAUGACAUUUAGCAUGAGAGAGAAUAACAAGAUAUAGAUAUGAAUGGUCAUAACAUACUCCAUUUCUCUCUUCUUUUUUUUAAACAUGAAAAACAAUAAAAGAAAUACAGGCAAAUUAUCAAGCUGAAUAUACAUGUCUAGUCCUAGCUGUUAGUUCGAACUUACAGCUGAAUAAGGUUGCUAGACAUGAUAACUAAUAAUAUGAAAUAUUAAAUCAUACUUGGACAAAAUAUGCGUAUGCAAACGGAUUAUAAACUUGACAGGCUGAAUUAAAGAAUAUGUUACCACUGGGCUACAAAAAUGACCCCUACUGAGAAAGUGGAGAGACAAAAGAAAUACAUCACAGACAGCAAUGUCUACUCCAGAUGUUUUGGAAUACAUCUACCAUAAUGUUCUUACAGCCAUAAUGCUGGCAAGGCAUCAAGGGAGAUGUAGUCUGCAACAGAUGGAGUGCUGAAGGUUGCCUACCCCUGAUCUACACUAAUGUUUUUCAGAAGUGAUCAUCUAUGAACUAUAUAGAAAAUACUCUUACAAAACACUACAAUAAUGAAUUAUUCAUCUUUUUGUAAAGAGAUGUAAUACAUUAGUUCAGCCAGCAGACAAAGACAGUCUUUCUACUGAUCAAUGACUGCAUACACAAAACUUACAUUGUAUCUUUCUAAAGCAGCAUAAUUGGACCUCUAGCUCUUAACGAAUUUCAAUUCCAUUUCAUUGCCAAGUUAUAUGGACUAUGAUAAAUUGUACGCAAAUAUUUUUUAAAAAUGGAUGGAUCAUAUACUGAGAACUUAUGGAAUUGUUUAUUCUUAAUAGUCAUUGCAUAAUUAUAUAUUAAAAUCUUAUAAUUUGUUUGUUGAAAUCCAAUUAAAUCCAAUUUAAGGAUAAAUAUUGAAUGAAUGCUCAAAAUCACUAGGUGUGAGUCACUCCAAAUCACACAAAAAGCAUACAACAAAAUAAAACAAAUAAUAUGGUAAGAGCAAAAUACAUACACCAAGUGUAGAUAAUGAAAGAUAUAUGAAACAUGCAAUUUUACCAUAAAUCUGUGGACUUUCUAAACAUAUGUCCUAAAAAUAUAAAAUACAGAACAUAGCAUAGCCUGUAUGUAAUGAAUGAAUAAAGUAGAUAUAAAAUCUCCCACUCACGUGGUGCUGAGCCGUAAGAAGUGGCUCAGACUACAAGCGCCUUUUCAAUAAUCUGGAGACCACAAUGCUGGAACACAAAUCAGGAUGUUCACUGGAAAGUUUCCCCUUGUAUAGUUUGGAUUAACACCAGGUGGAAAAUAAAUACAGGAGCAAAAUCUUUAUUUGCAUAAAUAACAGCAUAAGACGGAAUCUCCCAAAUACAAUUGCAUAUAUCUACUUUUAUAUUUUAUACUGUCCACAUACAAACCAAUAUAAUUGGACAAUUAUCAACAACCACAUGGCAACCGAAUAUAAACCGAAUGAAUCCGGCAGGAUGCACAUUUGAAAAUGAUCAUUCACUUGCUUUUUGCACGUGAAUUGAUCAUUUGAAGAAAUAUUUUCAGCUCUAGCUGCCACCAAGCAAAUAGUUUAAUACCCUUAGCAGUGCGAUGGUUAAUUAUGUGGCGGAUGGCCUGCACUUAUUAGCCAGCCGCCAUUUAAAAAAAGUAAAACAAAUAAUGAAUACAUAAAAAUCCUAUGGGGGUCAAUAAGACAGCCAUAUUACCAGCCAUGUCGCAAGUGGGGGGCAUGUCUGUUUAAUUUUUAAAAUAGAAACUGGGCUGCCGCUGGGGAGGGGGAUGGGUGGAUAGCCAGAGGUCCUCAAACUCCUAGCCACCUAAAUUACCUUACCCUAAUAAUAGUGAGUGGGGGACCAAUUAAACUAAUAUCCACUGAAAAAAAAUAUAUAUAUAUAUAUACUUACCAUCUUUCUUCUAAUUAUUCUUCUCUAAAGUCCCAAAAAACACCAAAUUAAAAUCCAGAAUUUCCAACACAACAGUUUAAACUAAAAAAAGACCCAAUUGUAAUAAAAAAUGCUGGGGAAAAAAUGCAGCACAAGACAAAUUAAUUAAUCUUCACCUAUGGAGGGCUCACAACAGAUAGUGCUCUGGUAGAGGGAAAAGCCCCUAUUUAGGUUUUCCAACACUAUAUCAGCUAUUAAAAAGUGUGGGAAAAUUUUAGGCCAUUACAACUAGGCACCUUUUUGUGCCAUUUUUGGCUAAUUUGAGUCGUUUUCAUUAAAAUUAGUUGGAGGCAAAGCAAAAUCUUUUCCUGGAUAAAUCGAUUUGGACUAACUUACUUUUUUCACCAUGCACAAGUCUAAUAGAUAGUACUGUACACACAAUUUAUUGAUUUCAAAUCCUAAGGAAGGUAAUCUGAGUGGCAUUGAAGGAACACUCCUAGCCCCAUUACAUAUUACAAGCUGUAGUGGUUAUGGUGCCAGGAGUGCCCUCCCACCUCUUUCCAAUGCAGUAGUUAAACCAUUUUUUAUAUUAAUUAGGAAAGCCAGCAGUGCUCAGUGUGACCCAUCAGCUACCAGCUUGGUUUAGGUAGAUACCAGAACACUUAUUUUCUUAAAGUUUCACAUUAAUAUUUUCCAGAUUUCAAGUUUUAUUAUGGACCUUUGUAGUUCCAUCUAUAAUAGGAUGAAAGUUGAUGAGGUAAGGAUAAUGUUUUGAAUUAUUCACAUUUAGAAAUAACUAGUGUAUUUCUUCAAAUAACUAAUCUGUAAUGCUUUUAUGUGAUUAUUUCCAUUAGGAGAAUAACCAAGAAAUAUACAAAAGAGUAAGUAUGAAUAUAAUACAUUAACCGAUGCAUAUAAAUCUUAAGCGUAUAAUUAAUUGAUUAUUUUUUGCUAGUUUUUAUUUCACUACUCUAGAGCCAAGGACCCUGCUCUUAAAGCUGGGGUAAGUAAUACAUAUUAUUAACAUUAUUUGUGCACAACUUCUUGAAAGCAAAUGUUAAGGAACUCUUUCAUAUAGAAAACCUUUUUAAGAAUUCCUCUAUUUAUAUAAUUUUAUAUCUUAAACAGCUGCAUAAGGAUGUAGUGUGUGUUGCUAAAACUAAUGUUAACUCGUGUUACAAUGGUAACUGGUAAAGUUAAAUGUUUAGUAUGCUAUGUAAAACCCAUGGAAAUAUUUUUUUAUUUAAAAAAGAAAAAAUAUGUAUAAAUUAGAGUUCCGAGAUAGAAGGUUAUUGUGAGUAAUGCUAAAUAAAUUGCCUGUACAAAUUCAACCAGAAAAUGUUAUUAAAAAAUAAUAAUAGACUAGAAUAAAUUAAAUGCAAUAAUAUAACUUGCAAAAGUGAAAAAAAAAUACAAUGAAUCUUCAUGUAUCUACAUGAAACUUGCAAUUCAAAUCUUUAUUAGAUGUAAUUACAACAUGCAAUUUGCCAGUCAAUUCUUUAUUAGAUAUAAGCUUCCUAAAAAUUAAAUGUGGUAUGGAAACCUGCUUCAAAUAAGCAGGGACAUCAUUAAGUUAAUCUUAAACAUGUAUCCAUGUACAUGUGUAAAAUAUAGAACACUGAGAAAUUUCAAUUACCUAAGAGGAGCAAAUCAUCCAGUUAUAGUCAAUAUAACAUGAAAUAGAAGAAUACACCACAAUGAUUGAUGUAAAGUAUUUAUAAAGAGAACCUGAAAUAUUUACAUGUAAGACUUGUCCCACCAUAAUGUGGAGUCCAGAUCUGAAAUGCUGGCCAACUCCUACAGCAUUAGAGAUACAGAAUAAAGAAACUGCAUACACAAGGUACUCCUCCACUGUUUUACUUCUAACAGAGGCCUCAAAUUAAUAUUGUUAGACAAACUUUUUAAUUGUUGUAUUAUUUUUAGAUAAAAUUUUAAAAUAUUUUUUUUUCAAAAUAUUAAAAUACAAAAAAUAUCUAAAAAAAAAAUCUAAAUAUUACAGAAUUAAAAUAAUGUUUAUAAUAUUAUAUCAUUUUUAAAUAUUUAUCUAAAAACAUUAAAUGAUGAUCGCCAUGUUGACUGGUCGCAUUGCAGAGCAGCUCCUGAGCUUUCUGAUCUUUUAGCUGAAAUAACAGCAAAUACACUCACCCUGCACCAGUAGGUCGUGGUUGUUGGCAUACUGGUGUGCUGGUGCCUCCUCAGAUCCUGUUUCCUGUGAGUUUGUACCCUCCAUGGGAGAACUGCAGCUCCUGCGAUAUUGAGCUACCCAGGCAAUGUGGCAUGGACAGCUAUCUUAGUGCAACGCACCAGUUAUCCAACAAGGAAUAUUGUUAGCCGUCACCCUCCCUCCUCCCCAUUGGACUUGUGAGGGUCAUCCUGGUUUACCUGUGAGCCUUCCCAUCAGCUGCUAUCUCAAGCGUGCCUUCAAACAUCAAGAUGGGUUCCAUGCAUACAGGCAGGAUUAGAAGCUUCUCUUAGCACCUUUGACACUUUAGGUGACCAGUUUGGGGCUAAAUUAGGCCAAUGAUAUGGGAUUGAGAUGCCUCUAUGGCCUCCCAUGGAGUAUAGUUACUGAAGCUCGAGCACGGAUCCAACCAGUCCCACAGAAACAUCAAUCUGAACUCCACUAAUUGUAUAGCCUUUACUUAACCAGCCAAUAAAACAUCUCUGGGAAUUUUGUAAAUAAAUCAUUUAAAAAACACAGCAACAGAUGUGGGGAAUAGCCAGGUGUCUUUGACAAUUCCUGACAGAUUAUUAUCUACAGUUCCUCUGGCAUGGUGAAAUGGGUGCAGACAUACUCCAGACAGAAUGAAAUGAGCAUCGGUUGCCUGUAUGGCUAUAUGGAUCCAGAGGCACGAUGCUAGCUUUUUCCCUGACCGAGGAAUUGGUUGAACACCAUUAGUUGCUGGACUGCAUUUUAUCCACCUGUGAAGUUGACUAUUGUCUAUACCAGACUGGUUUCUGGGAAUUCUGAUUUAUGAUUGUUUAAAUGGUCUUUUUCAUGUCUUUUUGCCUUUUUUGUUUACUUUAUUCUAUUCUACUGUAGUGUGCUGCCUGUAUCAUACUGACUUACGAGCAGCUCCAGUGGUCCUAUAAUAGCCUGUUCCAUUUCUUACAAAUUGUGCUGUCUAUAAUCAAAAAAACUUUCACAUUGCAUAUAUAUUUGCUAUUUCUAUACAUUAUCUGCAUUGUUAUGCUUCUAUGUGUUCCUUGACUUGCAUUUGAAUCAUGCAUUGUAAAUCAUGAAUCAUGAAUUGCAUUAUAAAUCAUUUGAAUCAUGCAAAAUAAAAAAGAAAAUGCUUAUCCAACAAUGAUAAAUCUUCUCAGCCAUACAUUAUCAAACAUAUUUUCAGACUUGAUGACUAAAACUAAAUGUGAAAUAUACAGUAUACUUAUGUUACAAUGUGGGAAAAUGCUAUGAGCACAUAGAUAUACUAACUUUCAUAGGAACCGUGCCCAGGAUCUAUAUGUUGAGCUUUAAUAUUCCCAAUUUCGCAGAAUAAAGAUGCCUCAUCCACAAUUAUACUGUAAAAGAGAGAUGUAUGAUGCAGUAUAUGUAAGUAUUUAUUAAAACAACCAUAUAAAAACUAUACUCAAAUUACAAUCUAGCAUCAACAAGAGGAACUGAAUCAUUUUCCAGCUAUUAAACUGGUUGACACAUCACUGGAGGCAGAACCAAGACAGAUACCGAGAACCUCUAGUAACUGCAAAUAUUAUGGUGUUCCCCCAGAAACAUCAAUCUGAACUCCACUAAUUGUAUAGCCUAUACUUAACCAGUCAAUAAAACAUCUCUGGGAAUUUUGUAAAUAAAUCAUUUGAAAAGCAUAUUUGAAAGAAUAGAGGCUCAGAAUAGAAUAUAAGUUUCUUACCUUGAAAUUGUGUAUUGUGGAUCAAUUACAUAGUUUAUCCUUAAUAGCCAAUUUCAAGGUAAAAAAAAAAAAUAGUUUGCUGGUUGGUUGGUUAGGUCAGUUAACUUUCUAAUAAACAUCUGCUAAUGUACACUUGGUGGAAAAACACCUCCCAGUCCCUCCAUAAUGGCAUCUGUUUGCAAGACGAAAAUCUUCUCAGGGUUGGUCUUUCUAAAUCAGAAGCAUUGAUGAUCUUUUCUUUGAUUGGAGAGCUUCUUUACAGUUUCACUUUUCUCUCUGAAUAAAACCUUGGCUGCUCCAAGUUUCUAAUUUCAAAAGAUUACAAAUAAUUCUGGACAUGUAAACACUCUACAAGUUGGAAACAAUAGCCACCAAAUCCUCAAGGAGUAUAAUAAAUCUGCAUUCUUUACUUGAAGCCAGUAGCUACCAUCACCACCACCACUUAGCAGGAAUGGCUGCCACUCCACUUCAGCUGAUGGAAUAUAUAACACAUAAUUUACUGAACUUCAAUUUUCAAUUUGCCUAAAGACAACUUCAGUCCUUCAGUUUUUUUAUGAUUUAACAUGCAUCAGUCAUGUGUGUUUUUCAGGACUCCUUAAAAAGAUGAUCAAAUCAUCUAGAUUGACUAAACAUGCAUUCUGCAUUGUUGACCACCCGCUUCUCUGUCUCACCCUUCACAGCCUUUGCUUCUGUGGCACUGCUCUUUCCUGGUUCUCUUCCUGCUCCUUCAGUGAUUCCUUCUCUGGUUCUUUUUACCCUUCAGUAACUCUCUUGGUUGGAAUUUAUCAAAGCUCUGUACUGGGACUUCUUCUUUUCACUAUAGACACUGCCUCUGUUGGUAGCCUGAUAUCAACCUAUGGCUUUCAAUAUCAUCUGUAUGCUGAUCAUACCCAAAUCUACCUCUCCUCGCCUGAUCUUUCUCCCCGACUGCUGUAUUGUGUCACUGACUGCCUUUCAUCUCUUUCUGACUGGAUACAUUUGCAAUUCCUAAAACUCAACCUACCCAAGACCGAACUCCUUGUCCUUCCUCCUUCUAAAGCCACAUCUGUGCCUGUUUCCCUUAAGGUCAACAAAUGAUAAAUAUUUACCCUGCUAGUGAGUUGCCUUGGUGUGCUCUUUGUCUCUGACCUUUCCUUCACCAAUUAUACAAAAUCUAUCACCAAAUCCUGUCACUUUCACCUUAAAAAUAUUUCUCACAUACGCCGCUUUCUUACUUAAGAUGCAACUAAAAUGUUUGUCCAUGCUCUUGUUGUUUUCCACCUUGAUUAUUGUAACCCUCUACUUGUCGGACUGAAAACCACCCAGAGUGCCCUGUAAUGAAUGCCUCUGCCAGACUCAUCUACCUUGUAUUCAGGAAUUCUCACACCUCACCACACUAUUAUUCUUUACACUGGCUUCUUUUUCAUUAGGAAUACAUAACUACAACCCUUUUUAUAUCUCCAGCACAGCUACUUCACUGAGCUAACAACCGGUCACUGUACUGUUCUCGCACCCACACCACAGACUCUUGCCUGCAGAACUUAACUAAGGUUGCUCCAUCUUUUUUGGAAUGCCCUCCAGAAGUGUGGCAGAGCAACACAAGACACUGAGUUCUGGAAUAAGCAUUCUCUGUCAGGAUGUUUGUUUGGUGGACAUGGUGUCCCAAACUAAUCUUUGUUGUCUCUAUCACUUUUCAUAACUCCUGGCGUGGUGCCACGACUCAUACUCAGCAACAUAGAAAAAUUCUGGUGAUAUCUAGAAGGGGACAGCAUUUUGCCGUUGCAACUCGGGUGUAUUGCCUUAUGGUACCAAUUCACUAAGUUAGAGUGUCAAGAUGUUCCACCUAUAGAUGUCACCUGGAUCAAAGGGUCCCACCACAAUCCCUGAUAGUUUUGUGUGCAUUUAAUAAGCAGGUGGUGAAAGUCUGAAAAUAGUACUUGAGAUUGCAGCUUGCAAAACAAACAAAGCACAAGAGAAGGGAUCCUAUGUAUUGCAGGCAGACCAUGUAGUGCAGGCAGUAUGACGUAAUGAUGAAAUAUUUUUCUUAUAAAUAAACCUUCUGAAUUGUAUUUAGCCUGAAUGUUUGCACAGCAUAAACUAAUCUGCCCAUAAAGUGCUAUAUAAUUAUAUGUGAAUAUGUCAUAUUACAGGAAUCACAGAUAACCACUGAAGAGUUUACAAAAAAGGUAUGCUUAUUACAUAUAUAUCCUACUGAGCUUUAUAUUAAUUUUUGGAUGAAUAGUUCAUAAAGUGGAACUCUCACAUUUAUAGAUUGUUUAAAAAAUUCUGUUGUUUUUAUAUUUUAUUUUACAUUGUGAGCUUGACAGUCUAGGCACAGCAAGAUCAUGACAUAAAAAUCAAAAUUAGUCAACACAAUAUGUACGUUAACCUUUAAAUGGUAGCCAUUACUAAUCUUUGCUGAUUUUGAAAAUACUAUGAUAUAAAAAAACAAAAAUAUUUUAAAAUGUGACUUUCCACUUACAAAGUAUAUCUAAUACUAUAGAUUUCCUGGAAUAUCAGCUGAAGAUAUGCACAAUGAUCAUAUAUUGUCACGAUUCAUAAACAUUUGAAUGAAUGCAUUCUUUUCCUUUUCAGGAUAGCUCGGGAACUCUGGGAAGACCCUUCUUCCUUUUUAGGGUAUGUAAUGAAAACAAUCUGAUCUUCAUGUGAAAGUGUUUGUAGUAGAUAAGGGGACUUAAAAGUUCAUUAGGUAAAAAAUGUGUAGGUGGUUGUGAGUCCCAACAGCUUGUUUUCGUAAUGACCAUGAGUUUAUGUGUCAUGGACAUGCACUUGAAGGAAACGAGACUUGUGAUUGUGCAUUUAUUUUCAUAGCAAAAUAAUCAUCAUUACUGCCUCAUCAUUGCAUACGCAUAUACUUCAAUGAUAAGGUUUAUUAAAGGACAAUUGUCAUCAAUUUGUUUUAAUGACCUUUACUGAAACUAAAUUAUAUAUUUUUUUUUUUUUUUAUAAUUCUUUAUUUUUGCAGUGCUUAGGUUUAACACACACACUUGUAUUGCCACGACAGCAAGUACAAGUCGCUGAAACAAUACAUAUUGAACAGUAUCAUGGCAAUUAUUAACAGCACUUUUUUUUUUUGCAAAGCUUAGUAAACAGUAUGGUGAAGACAUAGUUAACUAGCAGAUAAUACAUUCUGCAAUGGCAUUCAGCGAGAUCAUUCGGCUGUAGUAUGAUAGAUAAGCCUAUGUUCAGUAUGUGAAAUAGAUAUAACACAGGAAAGCCCUUAAACAGCACUUUUUUUUCUUUUCUUUGUGUAAAGCUUAAUAAACAGUAUGGUGAAGACGUAGUUAACUAACCGUUAAUACACUCUAAAAUGGCAUUCUGCAAGAUCAUACAGCUGUUGUCUGACUGAUAAGCCCAUGUUUAGCAUUUGAAACAAAGAUAACACAGGAAGGUCCUAUGAAGCGUUAAUCUGAUAAGUGAAGAAUGGCGAUGCAAAGAAUCUAGACUUAUACCAGGGAGAGACAGUGUGAUUUAUGAGAAGAGCGACAGCAGGGCAUGGAAAAUAAAGGCAUAGGGCAUAUGCUGAGUAGAUGCUAGUUUACGCUGCACAUUCAGGAUUAAUUGUCUGCUGGAUCUCCGCUCUGUAUCCUGCCAUUGCUCGUGAGUUGUGCUUGCCUAACCCCUGCACCUCUCUGUGCGAGCUGUGUGUUGGGUGUCCAGCUGGGUGUGUAGCUGACAGAGAGCAAGCCAGGGGAGGACAGUCCCUAUUUGAUGCGAUGGAAACAUGCUUGUGUGAGUGUGUGCCAGCAGGCAACAGGUGGGACCUCUGUGUGGGGUCGUUCCUAAAUUGAACUGUGUGAUAAUCUGUGAGCAGGGUUGCUAUAUGCUGGGCUCCACUGUGUGCUCACCGUAGAAAUCACACCGUCUCUCAUGUUCCUCUGCAACGUGCUGCUGGGCAGGUUAUGUAGCAGGGCUUGCUGAGUCCUCCAAUCUUGUGGCUCACCCGCCUCCAACCCGAUGUUGUGAGCGGAGGCUUGAUGGGGGGGCUGGUCCGGUGUACUCCACACUGCCAGCCCUGGGCUCUGCUUGAGCGACCGCUUGUGCUCUCGGUUCCGGUUCCACUUCUGGCCGGUAACGGGCUGCCUGGCUGAUGGAGUGUGCUUGGGCUUAGGGCUGCGGUUCGAGGAAUGUCCUCUAGGGGCUCAAGGCCCAGGAAGGCUGCUGCGGAGACCGGAUCCAGGUUCCGGGUAUGUGAGCCGGGUAAGCCAGGAGUUUGCAGCAGUGUGUGGCAGGGCACUGUUGUUGCGUUCCCAUGUUGCGAGAUGACAGGGCUCAGUGUAUCUUGUUGCCCGCCAGCGGUUUGUUCACUUGCGUCUGGCUGGGGCUCUCAGGUUACCGUCCGCGCACAUGGCACCCGCCAUUUUAGGUGUGGCAGUCGGGCUCCCCGGCCUCAGUUGCAGUGUCGCGGUCAGGGCCACAGGGUGAGGACCGGGAUCACCCCCCCGGCCUAGAGGGGGGGGAACGGAGCCGGAUCCGUGCUGGUCUGUACCCGUGGCUGGGUUCCGUGGCGCAGGAUAGUGGGGCAGCGGCCGUCCGCCCCACUCACCGCAGGAGAAGGCCCCGGUUGGGGCAAUGUGUUUUUCUCCCCUAGGGGACUGAAGCUCGGUGAGCCAGCCUCUCCCCAGGUCCAGCAGUCUCACAGCUCUGGGUAUCUGCUCUGGCGGUCUGAUUUUAGGUGGUGAGGCAUGAUUUUAGAGAGUAAAUUUUGUUUAAUUGCAGGAGCUGCUCAGGCUUGCGACCGUCCAGCUCGGCGGUCCGGCCCCGCCCCCCAAAUUAUAUAUUUUUUAAAUGAUGUGUAUUGAUUUUUGAGAAAAUUCACUUUUUUUUAUUUGGCUAAGCAGCCAUGUUGGGUUAGACUCCACUGUUAACUGACCAAUUGCUGCUAAACCUAAUUUGCCUGCUGCUGCAAUUUUACACAGAGCAAUCACAGCAGCAGGCAUGCUAGGUUGAACAGCAGGUGGUCAGAUUACAGGGGAGUCAGACCCAACAUGGCUGCUCAGCCAGAUACAAUUAAUUGUUGUUUUGUUUUUGUUUUUGAAAUCAGUACACAUUAAAAAAAUAUCAUUAAAAUAGAGCAGACACAUUAUCUGAUAGACUUAAAAAACAAGAAUCCAAAUCAAAGAUAUCUAAAUUGAUAGUAAACAACAAAACUCUAUUAUCGCCUGACACUAUAGAUAAAGCUUUCAGUAACUAUUAUGAAGAUAUAUAUAUAAUCUAAGUAACUAUUCCCAAUAAUCAGAUAUAGAUAAAUAUCUCAAAAAAAAAUUUUUUUCACAAACAUAAAAAAACUAAAUUAAACUUACCUAUAUCUACUGAUGAAGUAGAUCAAAAUAUAUCUAAGUUACAAUCCCAAAAAACACCAGGGCCUGAUGGCCUAAGUAAUCUUUUUGAUACAUUUUUCAAAUCAAAUUUUGUAUCUCAAUUAACAGUUACAUUCAAUGGUAUAGUAGACCAAAAAUACUCUCCUACAGAACUAACAAAAGCUAAUAUAAUUCAAAUUUUGAAACCUAACAAAAUAUCUUCUCAAAUCCAAAACUAUAGGCCAAUGUCUCUCUUGAAUACUGAUAUUAAAUUAUUUGCAUCUAUUCUCGCUGAGAGAUUAAAACAAGUGUUAAAUGAUCUAAUACAUCCAGAUCAAAUAGGUUUUGUCUCUAAUAGAUUCUCAGGUUCGAAUGUUAGACGACUGAUUAACAUACUCGACCUAGGGGAGAGACAAGGCACUCCCCUCCUGACCCUCUUGAUUGAUGCUGAAAAAGCGUUUGACAGGGUCAGGUGGGGAAUUAUAAAGAAAUAUUUGCAAAGUUUUGGUAUUCAGGGCUGGAUGCUCCAAGCAAUUAUGUCUAUGUACCAUACUUCAUCAGCAAGAACAGUUAAUCAUGGUAUUCUUUCUGAAUGGUUCCCUAUAAAAAACGGUACCAGGCAGGGUUGCCCACUUCCACCCAUUUUAUACAUUUUAUCAAUACAACUGUUUGCAAUGAGAUUAGAAGUAAUUAAAAUAUAAAAAGGAGUUUGUAUUAAACAAAAACUAUUUAUAUCAGUCUAUAUGCAGACGAUGCCCUUAUAACAAUAACAAACCCACAGGAAUUAUUACCAAAUUUAUUGGAAGAAAUUCAACAAUUUAGUAAUGUUUCCAAUGAUAAAGUUAAUAUAGAAAAAUCUAUGAUUCUCCCCACAAAAAUAGAUCGAGAUAAACUAAAAGUUUUAAAAAGCUUAUAUCAUUUUAGUUGGGUUAAACAUAGUUUUGUAUAUUUGGGAGUUAAAAUAACAAAAAAUCUAGAUAGAUUAAUAGAUUAAAGUAAACUACAUGGAAACAUUAAAAUCAACAAAUCAUUCUAUUAAAAACUGGAUGAAGGUUGAAUUUUCAUGGUGGGGUCGGAUCUAUUUAAAAACAGUUAUAUUAUUCCUAAAUUGACAUAUUUGUUUCAGAUAAUACCCCUUUCAAUUUCUAAUCCUUGGCUUUUAAUGUUACAAUCUAGUAUAUCAAAUUUUCUAUGAAAAAGCAAAGCCCCCUAGGAUUAGCUAUAAGAUUUUAUCUAUGCCUAAGAAAAAAGGAGGUUUAAGAUUCCCAAAUAUAAAAAAAAUUGUAUUAAGCUAGUGUUAUGACCCACUUAUAUCGUCUACAAUCUCAUUCCCCAGAAUUUGAAGUAUGGCAAGACAUUGAAAGGUCUAUGACAGUAUUUUAUGAUUCAUCUUUAAUUAAAUGGAACGUUAAUGAAAAACAAUUAACUAGCUCUCUAAAACAGCAAAGCACAGUUUUAACUCAAUUAAUACAAGCUUGGGUAACCAUAAAAAAACCUAAUUCAAAUCAAGUCAAAACUACUACCAAUAAAUAAAACCGGAAUUUUGGAGGUAACUACAGAAGAUUUGAACUUUGGAAAUAAAAUAAUAUUUUCAAUAUAUUUCAUUUGAUAAUUAAUGCAUCCCUAAAAUCAUUUGAAGAUUUGAUGGAGGAAUUUAAUCUUCCUAUCUCUCAAAUCUUCAAUUACCUUAGAGUAAAAAUAUUUUAAAUAAAUAUCUUAUUUACCAUGAUUUCGUUAUAACUUCAAAUAUUUCUAAAAUAUUUAAUCACUCAAAAAUUUGAAACAUUUUGUCAAAAUCUAGACAUUUGAUUACAAAUCUUAACAGUAUACAAAAAAAGACCUGUUAUAUCCAAAUAAGAAAAAUAUUUGAAAUUAAAUAUUGAACAAGAGGAAUGGAAUAAAACAUUAACUAGCUUUACACCAUUUGUUCAUUGUUUAAAUCUUUUGGAGAUGCAAAAUUAUUAACAGAUGGUAUUGGGUCCCCACAAAAUCUGUAAAAAAAUUCCCCAUCUGAGUCUGACUUAUGUUGGAGAUGCAACAUACAAAAAGGCACCUACUUACACAAUUGGUGUGAAUGUGAUAGGCUUAAAUAUAUUUGGAAUAAAUCAUCCCACUGGUUCACCAAAAUAUCCAACCUUAAAAUAAACUGGUCUCCAACUUAAGUUUUACUACAUCUUAAUUGGCCAAUUAUGCCCCUGAAAGAUAAAAUGCUGUUUACACACAUACUACUAGCAAUUAAAUUAAUCAUAGCACAAAAUUGGAAAUCCACUAUUAGUCCACUGUGGGACAAAGCAUAUAAUCAACUAAUGGGUCAGAUUCAGAUGGAGAAAGGGGUUAGUAUUAACCUCUUUAAUUACGGUAAAAUUUUUUUUAUAUAUGUGUACAAUGGUUAACAAGAAUAAAAAAACAUUCACAACUUGAUUAUCCUAAGUAAAAACGUUCACUCUGAUAAUGAUCUUACUGAAUAUUUGGACCUCAUAUUACUCGACAGUAAUAACAUUUCUUCUUUGUUUGUUAUGUUUUCUUUUGUUUAUCUAUGUUUGCUAUGAAAUGGGUAUGUACUUUAAAAAAACAAACAAAUAAAAAAAGAAUAUGAAACAAAAAUAAAUAUCAUUAAGUUCAUGAAAUGUAACAAACAAAAUAGAAGUAAAAAUGUUAAUUAUGUUUGAAGAAAUACUCCAAGCAGGAGCACCCAGGCACCAACCCAGUGUGCUUGUCAAACAGUUUUGGAAUGUUUUUUACAACUUACCGCAAUGCAUCAAGCCUGCUCCUGUAGGAGAAGCUAUAUGUUUUCAUACAGCUAAGCAUGGACAGUACAGGACUGUAGUCAUUUGCGGAGGUUGCUCAGCUGAUGCUCUUGGCUUAUGAGUAUGGUCCUGCAUGGACCUAACAGAUUCUAUUAAUGGAAAAUCCUGGAACCACCAGAGCCCUGCUCAAUUUUGUAUAUAAUAGGUUUACUCAAACCAAAAACAGUGUUUUAUUAAAACACAGUUUUUGGUUAGAAUAACCCUUUCUGGCACAGUCCUUCCCGGUAAAAAAUAAAGUUGGGAAAUGAUGCUGCUAGAGAUUGAAUUGGAUCUCUGGCAGCAAAGGUCUCUAUCUAUGUACGUAUCUUGAAAUGUUGUUCAUACAGACUCCUAGCACCUUGGCUACUUUUGACCACAAAACAGUCAGGGUGCUUGGACUAACCCUUUAAAUUAUGUCAUACUCUAUUUUUCAUAUGUAUUUUUAUCCAUGAAACUAAAAUGUAGCUAAACUAAUCGAGAGCGCUGCUAGCUGGAUAAUUCUAAUACUACAAACUGCAAAUGAAACACAAUACAUUUUGAUAUAGUAAUAAUAAUUGGACCACCAGAAAAAAUAAUAAUUCUCAUUUUCAACCAAAUAAUACAUAUUGAGGUAGCAACCUAAACAUGGGUCACUGAGGAUAAUUGAUCACUAUGGAGCUGAACCCAAACUUGUUUCAUUUUCUUUUUGAUCAGGCAACACUAUUGUGGCUACUAGAAUAGUAUAAUCGAUAGGGAGUCAAUAGUUAUAUGAAAUAUUUCUGCAUUUAGGGUUAGGUAAAUCCACUGAUAUCAUGACACUAUGAAAUGUCAUAUAUCGUGAAAGGAGUUCAAACGAUCGACAAAAGUGACCAUCCUACACCGGUAAUAUGGCAUUAGAUUAUUUUUUUAAAAGUCAUCUAAAAGUGGUAAUACAAUGGAAUUAAUUAAAUAUUAGAAAACACGGAAUAUGAAUUAUGGGUUGUAGCAGAAUCUACUAAUUGCAUUUAUAUCUAUAUUCCCCAACAGCCUAGAAAUGGAAGAAAGGUUUCUAUAAAUGAACACUAAUAAAUGGAAAAAGGUAAUUUUUGAGAUAUGUAUAAUUUAGAUUAUCACUUAUUUAUUGGCUUGAACUGUACAGUUUAUUACAUAGAUGCUUUUGGCUCUCAGGCUAAUUCUUCUUUAAGGUCCCUGGUAUCAGGGGAUAAUGCAGUCAGAAAGCAAGUCCUAGAACUGCUACUGGAGCAGGGCCAGACUGGCCAUCAGGCAAACCAGGCAAAUGCCUGGUGAGCCGCAAUGGCCAUGGGCUGAGGCUUACAGGGAGAUUAAAGGAUCUCCCUGGCUGGCCCCUUUAGGGAUGGUGAUGCUUGGCCUCUGGCCCAUAGAGGGAGCUCUGUGCGAUGGGGAGAUCAAAGAUCUCUCUCACCACCCUGCACACUGAUGCACAGCGCAGGCCCUGUGCACAUGGUCUACACCUGUCAAUGGGUGUAGACCAGAUGCUUCUUUCACUGGACCACCAGGGAAAAUAAUUCCUCCCCAGCUUUCCUGCCAAGGAUCAAGGUAAGGAAGAGGGAUGGGGAGUAUGUAUGUUUUUUUUUUUUUUCCAUGUUCCCCUUCCUUUACUCAGCAGUCUCUGCCCCUCCCUCUUUUACACCCUGCAGCUCCUGCUGCCCUCUCACCCAGAAGCCCCAUGUCCCCUCUCACACCCUGCAGCCCCUGUCUUCCUCUCUCACCCUGCAGCCCCUGUCCCCCUCUCACCCGGCAGCCCCUGCCCCCUAUUACCCUACAGCCCCUGCCCCCCUUUUACCCUGCAGCCCCUGCCCCUCUCAUACACUGCAGCCCCUGUCCCACUCACACCCCGCACUACCUGUCUUCCCCUCUCACCAAGCAUCCCCUGUCUACCCCACUCACCCAGCAGCGCCUGUCCCCCCACCCAGCACCCCUGUCUUCCCCUCUCAGCUUGCAGCCCCAUGUCCACUUUCAUAUCCAGCAUGCCCUGUCUCUCCCUCUAAUAACCUGCAUCCCCUGUCUUCCCCUCUCAUACCCUGCAUCCUCUAUUUCCCCCUCUAACUCAGAGGCUUCUGUCCCACCACCUAGCACUUCCACCAGGACCCCCCCUCACCCUCUCACCCAGUAGGCACUGCCCCCCCUCACCAUGCAGCCACUACCCCCCUCUCACCUUGCAGCCCCAUGUCCCCAUAAACUACAGCCACUGUGUCCCCCUCUCACUCAGCAGCUCCAUGUCCCCUCUCACACCCUGCCCUUCCUCUCACCCAGCAGCCUGUCUCAUACCCUGUAACCCGUCUCCACCUCUCACUCAGCAGCCCGUGCCCCCCCACCCACAGUCCCCACCUCUCACCCAGCAGCCCAAUGUCCCCCCUCUCACCCAGCAGCCCCUGCCCCCUCUCACACAGCAGCCCCAUGUCCUCUCUCACACCCUGCAGCCCCUUUCUCCCUCACACCCAGAAGCCCCACCACCCUACAGCCCCAUGUCUUCUUCCCACACCCUGCAGCCCCAUGUCCCUUCUCAACACCCUGUAGCCCCAUGUCCCUUCUCAACACCCUGCAGCACCAUGUCCGUUCUCACACCCUGCAGCCCCAUAUCCCCUUCUUACACCAUGCAGCCCCAUGUCCUCUUCUCACACCAUGCAACCCCAUGUCCCCUCUCACGCCAUGCAGCCCCAUGUCCCCUUCCCACACCCUGCAGCCCCAUGUCCCUUCUCAACACCCUGCAGCCCCAUGUCCCUUCUCAACACCCUGCAGCACCAUGUCCUUUCUCACACCCUGCAGCCCCAUAUCCCCUUCUUACACCAUGCAGCCCCAUGUCCUCUUCUCACACCAUGCAACCCCAUGUCCCCUCUAACGCCAUGCAGCCCCAUGUCCCCUUCUCACACCAUGCAGCCCCAUGUCCUCUUCUCACACCAUGCAACCCCAUGUCCCCUCUCACGCCAUGCAGCCCCAUGUCCCCUUCUCACACCGUGCAGCCCCAUGUCCUCUUCUCACACCAUGCAACCCCAUGUCCCCUCUCACGCCAUGCAGCCCCAUGUCCCCUUCUCAAACUCUGCAGCCCCAUUUCCCCCUUCCACACUCUAGAUCAAUAUAAUACAGAAAAUAUAAAAUUAUAUGGGAAAUCAUACAAGCAACCAAAUAAAACAAUAAAAUAUAACUCUGCAAAGGAUUGGAAGUUUUAUUUGCUACAAGAAACAUACAGUCAAUAGAUGGCACUGUCACACAUAAUUUUAAUCUGGAUGGUUGUGGUUCCAUUACAGUGUUCAGCCAACAGAAGGCGCUGUGCAAUACAGUGUCCCUGUGGAUGGAUGCAGUUCCAUCACUCUUACCAGGAUUACUUCCUUAGAACAUUUUAGUCUAACAUUUUUUAUAUUUUUGACUACAAUAAUUGUUUUAUUAAUUCUAUUGGAGUGAGCAUGAGACUAACACAAGCUGCUGAAAAGUGUACUAAAUUGAUUUAUAAUAAGAUCACUUUUGAAGUAACUAAAGAUAUUUUUCCUUUUCUUUUUACAGAAUCCCAAAUUAAGAUGUGCUGCAUGGAUUAAAUGAAAAGUUGUUGCCCCUCGGUUUAACAAUGAAAGCAGUUUUCUCUAUUUGCACAACUUCAACCAAACCACUGCUCAUUUUGACAAAAAAAAUCUAGUUGUGGCAAUUUUAAAUAUUUUGUCUUUAC